GUUGUGCUCUUCUCCUCGACCGUCGUCUGUUGCUUGCUGUCUAUUGCAAUUGUUGCUUCAGAAGGCUCUUACUGUCAACAAUGCCUCCUCUUCCCCGUGCACCCCGUUCGUCCAUCCUCCGACUCCUCCAGCAGUCGCAGCACACCGCCUGCCCGUGCCACGCAUGCCGCACCUCCUCUCCGCUCUCUGCACUCACCGCUCAAUCCCAUGGUGUUGGCCAGCUCAGGAACAUGGCUACCCCAUUCGAGGGUGUGAAGCUUCCGGAGAAGGAGUAUGCAUUUGAGGUCGCAGCUGCCAACUUGAGGUUUGGAGAGGGCGUCACGAGGGAGGUCGGUAUGGAUUUAAAGAAUAUGGGUGCUACAAAGGUCGGUGUGUUCUCCGACGCCAACGUCUCCCAGCUCCAGCCCGUGCGUACCGCGAUCGCAUCUCUCGAAUCGCAAGGCGUACCCUAUGAACUCUUUACCGACGUCAGCGUUGAGCCCACUGACGCGAGCUGGAGGAAGGCGAUUGACUGGAGCAGGACACAUGAUUUCAGCCAUUUCCUUGCCGUCGGCGGAGGAUCUGUGAUGGAUACCGCCAAGUGCGCGAAUCUGUUUACGGUGUACAAGGAUGCAGACUUGUUCGACUUCAUCAACGCGCCCGUUGGCAAGGGAUUGCCUAUUGAGAAGGUCCUGAGGCCGUUGAUCGCAGUUCCAACGACCGCCGGAACAGGUUCUGAAACCACCGGAACGGCAAUUCUGGAUAUUCCCUCGCAGAAGUUCAAGACCGGUAUCGCGAGUCGCGCUCUCCGUCCCAUCCUCGGUAUUGUCGAUACCCUAAACACGGAUACCUGCCCGCGUCAAGUACACAUCUCCUCCGGACUGGAUGUGCUCUUCCACUCUCUGGAAAGCUACACCGCUAUCCCGUACUACGAGCGUACCCCUCGCCCAGACAACCCGCUCAAGCGGCCCGCGUACCAGGGUAGGAACCCAAUCAGUGACGUGUUCAGCAUGUGGGCGCUCCAGCAGACAGUCAAGUAUCUGCCAAGGGUUGCGAAAGAUCAAAGUGAUAGGGAGGCGAAGAACCAGAUGCUGCUCGCAGCGACCUUCGCUGGUAUUGGAUUUGGCAACGCUGGCGUGCAUAUCUGUCACGCUGCUUCCUACCCCAUCUCCGGGUUGAACAAGACCGGCCCGAAAUGGAAACAUCCUGAGUACCUCACACCUGGCCCCAUCAUCCCCCACGGCAUCUCAGUUGCCCUCACCGGUCCGGCAGUAUUCGAGUUCACAGCACCUUCGGCGCCGGAAAGGCACAGGGAAGCAGCGGCUGUCUUUGCUGGUGUACCCGUUACCGACCCCUCUAUUGCCCGUGUGUCGGAUGGCGACGUCGGCCAACUCUUGUUCGACAGCAUCGCGCGUUUCCUGGAUGGACUCGGAGUUCCUCGAGGCUUGAAAGCGGUCGGAUACACAGAGAAAGAUGUCUCUAUGCUGGUGGACGGAACGCUGCCUCAGAGGAGGGUGCUGGAUUUAGCACCUGGAAUCGGAGACGUGCCCGGGGAGGACGGGAGGGAACAUCUGACAAGGAUCAUACAUGCCUCGCUGGAAUAUUGA